AACAUUAUGACAAGGAUGAUCGCUGGGAAGCGGUACUACGGCAAGGGCGUCACCAUCGACGAGGCCGAGGCAAGGGAGGCUAAGAAGCUGAUUAAACAGAUCGUUGGGAGUGGUGGGAUAAGUUACGUUGGCGAUUUCCUGCCCAUACUAAAGUUGGUCGAUUACAAUGGGGUCAAGAAGAGGGUGGUGGAGCUGAAGGAGAAGAUCGAUGCGUUCAUCCAGGGCUUGGUCGAUGAGCACCGGAGGAAGAAGGGCGACCCAGAGCUCGCGGACAGCAUGAUCAGUCAUCUCCUGCGUCUACAAGAGUCUCAGCCGGAAGACUACUCGGACUUCAUGAUCAAAGGGCUCGUCUUUGUUUUGUUAGUUGCAGGAACAGACACAUCAUCGCUUGCAUUAGAAUCGAUAAUGGCAAAUUUACUAAACAACCCUGAAAAGUUAAAAAAGGCCCAAGACGAGAUUGAUUCCGUUAUCGGCCACGAUCGUCUGGUAGAAGAAUCGGAUGUUUCAAAUCUACCUUACCUUCAAUGCAUCAUCUUUGAGACCCUUCGACUAAACACGAUAGUGCCACUUCUCGUCCCGCAUACAUCAUCGGCUGAUUGCAACAUAGGAGGAUACUUCGUUCCACGUGACACUAUUGUAAUGGUGAAUGCAUGGGCUAUUCACAGAGAUCCUGAGUUGUGGGAGGACCCAUUGAGUUUCAACCCUAAAAGGUUCGAGGGUAGUGGCGGCGAAAAGCAACAUAAGCUAAUAUUGCCUUUCGGGCUAGGACGGAGGACAUGCCCUGGUGCAACCCUCGCUCAGCGGGUCAUGGGGUGGACAUUGGGUUUGCUGAUUCAAUGUUUUGAUUGGAAAAGAGUCAGCAAAGAAGAGAUUGACAUGAGGGAAGGCCGAGGAACUACCAUGCCGAAGGUAGUACCGUUAGAAUUAAUGUGUAAAGUACGCCCUUUAAUGGAGAAACUUGUCCCUAAAGAUUGAGUUGGUCGACCAGUUUGUGCUAAAU